AUGGAAGUUGAUUCGGAUGAAGAAAUUGGAAAAAGAACAACGAAAAAGGACGAAUUUGAAGACGAUGAUUUUGAGGAAGAUUCGGUUGUUUGGGAGGUAAUUUUUUAAAAUUUAAAAAUAAAGUCGAAAAUCAAAAAUAAUUUUUUUUCCAGAGAAACGUAGUUGUUUGCAAUUCGUCUUCAAAUACAGAAAUGUAUUGUGUUUCAUAUCCAUCUAGUAAACGAGAUGCUUGGGAUCCAAUAAAAUUUCCGAUUGCAAGGUUCAAGAAAAAUGUUCGAUUGGUUAGUGGUUUUUUCUUUCGAAAAAAAUUCAUAUCAAAUUUAUUUAGCUUGAAAUGCGCUUCAUUCCUGAUACAAAAGCUGGAUCGUAUAACAAACGAAAAGCUGAAAGCUUUUCUGAGGAAGGAAGUAGCUCUUCGCCACAGAAAAAUAGUGGAAUUAGUGGCGAUCUCAAUUCGCUUCGAAAAAAUGAUGAAAUUUAUGAGGGAAGAGCUUUUAUCAAUGAUCAUCCAAUUAUAAAUACAAUUGGUUUUAUGAAAAAUGAUCAAUUUUAUAUUCAUCCAAUUAUUGGAAAUUUCGGAAUGCAUCGAUCAAUUUCGAUUUUGAAUAAUUCGAAAAAGAAAGGCGGAGGAAAUCAAGGAGAAAAUGAAGACGAAGGAAUGUCAACUGAAAAUGAGGAAGAAGAGGCUGCAAAUACAUCGACUGGAAAUGUUCGAGUUAAAUUCAGUCGACCAGAGACAGAAAGACAAAAGAAACGAAGAGAAGCAUCUGCGCUCCAUCGAGAAAAAGUUAUUGCUAGCGAUGUUUGGAUUCCGAUGAAAGUUCAUUUGGAAGAUGUUAGUUUUAUUAUAUUUUGAAAUGCUAUUUAUGGAAACUUUGAUUUCAGGAUCAAAAAGCCGUUAACAAGUUCCAACAAAUCAGUCGAACUGGAGUUAAAAGUGAAACAGAAAAUGGUAAAGUUGACCAUGAUGAAAAAUGUUUGGAAGUUCGUGAUCUUGUUAAUCGUGCAAUUAUUUGUAGCAUCAAAGAGGAAUUGUAAGUUUCUUUUUUCUGAAUUUUGUUAACAUAAGAAAAAAAAUAAUUCUAGAGUAAUUGAGUCUGGAAAAGAACACAUGCUUUCGAAACAAAGAAUUGAUGAACUCGGCGUUGAUUUGCAAAUCAGAGCUCACAUGGUAAAAGCGCAUGUUAUUCGAACCAAUGAAAUGAUUGAGUUGAUUGGAAAAUCGAAAAUGAGCAAAGAACAAGUUAUUCACAAUUUGCAAAAAUGUGCAAGACUUGUUAAUGGUAUAUUUUAAUUCCCCAAAUGUUUUUGCUUCGAAGUUCUGAUGUUUUUCAGGUGUCUGGGUUCUUCAAUCGGAUUUUCUGUUCAAUAAUCUGCCACCAGCUCAUUCAAAUGUUGCCGGAAGAGUAAGAAUUUUAUAAUUGCUAUUAGUAGAGUACUAAUUAAUUGGGAAAUUUUAGACGGAUGUAUAUCGAAGUGAAUUGUGGAGAAAUGCUAGGGAUUUAGCACUUUGUUUGAUUGAUGGUGGACAUCGGGUUACAAGAUUGACACUUAUGACGUGAGUGGUUUUAUUUUUCAAAAGAAGGUGAAUCACUGAAAUUUCCGAAGGCCAGAAAAAUUCGAAUUUUAACACUGAGAUUAUCGAAAAAAAAUUAUUAUCACACACUUUUUCCGGAAAAAUUUCCGUUUGCGUGGAAAUUUAGAAAUAAUUCAUUCUCAUUUUAUUCAUUAUUAUUCCCCAAUAUCCCGAUUUACGGGUUCCCAAGGAAAAAAAAAGAAAAUUGAAAUGAGUGUACAACAGAGCGAAUUUUCUGCACUUAGCAAGUCGCCAGUGUGCACGGUUGCGUCAUGGUGUCAUUGCACACAUUUAAGUUUCAUUUGUUUUUUGCGUUUUUUUAUAGGGAAGAUUUUCAAUUAUUUUAGAUGCUUUAAAUUAUCGGAUAAAGACGCGGAAGAAGUUUUGAGUACAUUUGGCGUGAAAGAUGAGAAAGAACGAAGAUGGAAGUUGAGAAUUGAAAAAGACGAGACAUUUUUGGAUGAGUAAGUCUUCUAUUUCUCUUUUUUCGACGAAUUCCAUUCAAUCUUAUUUUCUUUUUUCAGUCCAAGUGUUCAAUCAGUAAUUAUCAGCGAAAAACAAAGAUGGGUUGAAACGUUCGAAGAACUUCAAAAACUUUUGAGCCCUUCAAAACCUAAAAAAUGA